CGACAGACGACGCGCUCUCUCUGACCACACACACACACACACACGCACGCGAUCGAGCGGGAGAGCAUCGAAAGGUCUGCAUUAGCGCGAGACCCUGCCGGCCGGCCGGUCUCGAUCGCAGCCUCAUCAGCUCUUGGCUGGCCUACUCAUCAUCCCUGCCGGGAAUCGGAGCCAGCUACGCCGCUGCGCAGUCGAGCAGUCCGGCCAUGGCCGCGGCGAAGCCGUCGAGGGCUGGACCGUCGCCGCCGCUGCCUCGCUGCUUCCUCCUCGUCUUCACCAUCCUCCUCGCAGCACCAGCACAUGAGGCGAUGGCAGCAGCACUGUCGAUCGGGAUCAACUACGGGCAGAUCGCCGACAACCUCCCUUCCCCAUCCCGGGUGUCGUCGCUCGUCCGGUCGAUGCAGGUGAGCAAGGUGAAGCUCUACGACGCCGACCAGAACGUGCUGCGCGCGUUCCUCAACACGGGCGUGGAGUUCGUCAUCGGCAUCGGGAACGAGAACGUGUCGGCAAUGCUGGACCCGGAAACCGCGCAGGCGUGGGUCCAACACCACGUCCGGCCGUACCUCCCCAGCACCCGGAUCACCUGCAUCACCGUCGGGAACGAGGUGUUCAAGGGCAACGACACCGCCCUCAAGGACAACCUCCUGCCGGCCAUGAAGUCCGUUUACGGAGCCCUCGGCACCCUGGGGCUGCAAGGACAGGUGAACGUCACCACGGCGCACUCCCUGGACAUCAUGGGAAGCUCCUACCCUCCCUCCGCCGGUGCCUUCCGGCCUGACGUCGCGCCCUACAUCACCCCGCUCCUCGACUUCCUGUCGGCGGCGAGGUCGCCAUUCCUCAUCAAUUGCUACCCGUACUUCGCCUACAAGGACGACCCUGCCGGCGUGCCGCUAGAGUACGUGCUAUUCCAGCCCAACGCCGGGGUCACCGACCCGGCCACGGGGCUCAACUACGACAACAUGCUCUAUGCCCAGGUGGACUCCGUCUACGCCGCCAUCCAGGCGCUAGGCCACACCGACGUCGACGUGAAGAUCUCCGAGACCGGCUGGCCAUCCAGGGGCGACCCCGACGAGGCCGGCGCCACGCCGCAGUACGCCGGGAUCUACAUCGGGAACCUGCUGCGGAGGAUCGAGAUGAAACAGGGGACGCCGCUCAGGCCGGCGGUACCGAUAGACGUCUAUGUGUUCGCGCUGUUCAACGAGAACCUUAAGCCUGGGCCAGCCUCCGAGAGGAACUACGGGCUCUUCUACCCUGACGGCACACCGGUCUACAAUGUCGGCCUGCGCGGGUACCUGCCGCCCAUGGACGAGUCGAAUGGCGCGCGAACGGUGAUUCACUUGUUUGCCCUCAUCACCAUAGCAUCCAUCACCGUCAUGUUAUCUUGAUAGUAUAUACUGAUGACCACUUCACGCAGUAAAGCGGACCAAGAUGCUGAGCCUGAGAAUCGCUUGCAGCUAGGGAUUCCACGUGCAGAUCACAAUAACUUUUCUCCAUGAUGGUUGUGAUCAUCAGAAACACACAGCGUGGCCUCGCAAUUACUGUGAAGUUAGAUUCAUACUGACGAUGAGGUAGAACUAACUACUUGGACAUAAUACAUAGCCGAUGUUUGUACAAACAACAUUGUUUUUAUAGGACUGAUUCAUUCUGUAGAUAUCUCUCCUAUGAAACUGUAUAGUAUUUGCAUACGAGUGUACAAAACUACAGGAGAUAAAUCAAGGCACAGACCAAGGCUGCCAAUUGU